AUGGAACUGAUUUGCGACACGUCUUCGGAAACGCAGUCUCCGCUGUGUUACGGAUCGACGCGCGCAGACAAUAGCGGCGCCGACGCGAAGACAUGCGAACUCGUCCCAAAGUUCGAGGUUUCGGUGAUUAAAGACGCGGAGGAAAUGACGGACGCGUCGGAAGUGGCGCCCAAUGAGCAGCAAAUGUCGCCUUUCAUCCUCGCGGUCUUGCGCUACAAAGACAAGUCGCUUCUGCUCCUAGCCGCGCACAGCAGCCUGUUGUCGCGGUUGGCCAACUAUGACGACGCCAUUCAGCCGCCGGUCGACGCCUCGGCCAAGACGGCCAGCGCGCAGCCCAAGGCCAACCUCGGCGUCCUCACGGGAGUGUACUUGCCGUGCAUUCAGAACAUCUUCGGCGUCAUCAUCUUUAUCCGCAUGACGUGGAUGACGGGAACGGCCGGCAUUCCCGCCUUCUUCGCCAUCGUGCUCCUCUGCUGCUCAGUCACCUUCUGCACGGCCAUCUCGCUGUCGGCGAUCGCGACGAACGGGAUCGUGCCGGCGGGCGGCUCCUACUUCAUGAUCUCGCGCUCGCUCGGGCCCGAGUUCGGCGGCGCCGUCGGAGUGCUCUUCUUCCUGGGCACGAGCGUGGCCGGAGCCAUGUACAUCGCGGGCGCCGUCGAGAUCCUGCUCAACUACUUGUGUCCGCAGAUCGCGCUGUUCGGCGACUUCGAGACCAACAAAGACAUCCUCUACCACAACAUCCGCAUCUACGGCACUUUAUUCCUCCUCGUCAUCGGCUUCAUGAUCGCGCUGUUCGGCGACUUCGAGACCAACAAAGACAUCCUCUACCACAACAUCCGCAUCUACGGCACUUUAUUCCUCCUCGUCAUCGGCUUCAUGGUCUUCAUCGGCGUGCGCUUCGUGUCCAAGUUCGCGCCUAUCGCAUUGUUGUGCGUGCUCAUCUCCAUCGCGUCCAUCUAUCUGGGCAUCUUCGUCAACUACGCCGGCAUUCCCGACUACAAAAUCUGCGUUCUCGGCGAGCGCGUGCUGUCCGACAAACAGGGCGUCAACUGCACGCGCGAAUCCCUGCGCGCGCUCUUCUGCAACCACACGCACUGCGACCCCUACUUCGACGCGAACGAAGUGAAGCACGAGCUCGCCAUCCCGGGCCUCGCGUCGGGCGUCUUCUGGGACAACCUCGUGCCGAAGUUCCGCGAGAAGGAUGCGCUGGUGUCGCGCGAGACGCCGUCGCCCUCUGUCGGCGACCAGAAGGACUUUCUCUCGAAACUGAAUUACAUUUUUGUCGACAUUUCCACUUCUUUCACAGUUCUGGUCGCCAUUUACUUCCCGAGCUGCACCGGCAUCCUCGCCGGCUCCAACCGCUCGGGCGACCUGGCCGACGCGCAGAAGGCCAUCCCCCUCGGCACGCUCGGCGCCCAACUGACCACCAGCUUCGUCUACCUGUCGGUCAUUCUGCUGUUCGGCGCUUCUUACAACCCGCUCUUCAUUCGCGACAAGUUCGGCGAAUCGCUCGGCAAGGAGUUGGCCGUGACGCUGAUCUCGUGGCCGCACCCGAUGCUCAUCCUCGCGGGCGCUCUGCUCUCGACGUUCGGGGCGGCGCUUCAGUCGCUGAUUGGCGCGCCGCGACUCUUGCAGGCCAUCGCGAAGGACGGCAUCAUUCCGUUCCUGGACAAGGUCGAUUACGUCAACAAGCGCGGCGAACCCGUCAAGGCCAUCUGCGUGUCCCUCGUCAUCGCCGAGUGCGCCAUCUGUGAGUGCACUCCCAAACUGACCCGCGCUGACCACUGUCUCCCUCUAGUGAUCGGGAACCUGGACUUCAUCGCGCCGAUCCUCACCAUGUUCUUUCUCAUGUGUUACAUGUUUCUGAACCUCGCGUGCACCGUGCAGUCGCUCCUGCGCUCCCCCUCGUGGCGCCCGCGCUUCCGCUACUUCCACUGGUCAAUCUCUCUGGUGGGCAUCUUUCUCUGCUUAUUAGUGAUGCUGCUGUCCUCCUGGGUGUACACGCUGUGCGCGAUGGCGUUGGCCGCCUUCAUCUACAAGUACAUCGAGUACAGGGGCGCCGAGAAGGAGUGGGGCGACGGCAUCCGCGGUCUCGCGCUGUCGGCCGCGCGCUUCUCUUUGCUCCGUUUGGAGGAGGGGCCGCCGCACACCAAGAACUGGCGCCCGCAACUCCUGUGUCUCGUGAAGCUCAACGGCGACUCUCUGGACGUGAAGUCGCCGAAACUGCUGACCAUCGCGUCGCAGCUCAAAGCGGGCAAAGGCCUCACUCUCGUGUCCUCCGUUCUGGAGGGACACUUCGAGACGGACGCGGGUUUGGCGCAAACCGCGCGCCAAUCGCUGCGCCACCACAUGGACAGAGAGCGCGUGAAGGGCUUCGCGGAAGUGGUGGUGUCGCGUGACGUCACGGCGGGACUCUCGCAUUGCGUGCAGACGGCGGGAUUGGGCGGCCUGAAGCACAACACCGUGAUGGUCGCCUGGCCGCACAAGUGGCGCCACUCCACGUCGCGCGACAAACACAACCGCUUCCUCCACCUGGUGCGCUCCGUGACGGCGGCCAACGCGGCGCUCGUGGUGGCCAAAGGGCUGCAGCAGUGGCCGGAGAACAACGACCGCCUCGGCGGCAACAUCGACAUCUGGUGGAUCGUGCACGACGGCGGACUGCUCAUCCUGCUGGCGUACGUGCUGUCGCAACACCGCACGUGGCGCUCGUGCGCGCUGCGCGUGUUCACGGUGGCGCAGCUGGAGGACAACUCGGUGCAGAUGAAGAAGGACCUGGAGAAGUUCCUCUACCACCUGCGCAUCGAGGCCACCGUCGAGGUCAUCGAGAUGUCCGACUCGGACGUGUCGGCGUACACCUACGAGCGCACGAUCCUGAUGGAGCAGAGGACGCAAGUUCUGCAGACGAUCGCCGGCAACGAGUUGCAAACCAUCGCCUCGCAGAACGACCUCAAGCCCGACGAGCUCAACGUCCGCCGCAUGCACACGGCGGUGCGGCUGAACGAGCACAUCCUGCAGAAGAGCCACUCGUCCAAGUUGGUGAUCGUGAACAUGCCGGGAAUCGCGCGCAAGAUGACUUCCGGCUCAGAGACCAACUUCAUGGAGUUCGUGGAAGUGCUGACCGAAGGGCUGGAGCGCGUGUUGUUGGCGCGCGGCUCCGGACGCGAAGUCAUCACUAUUUUUAUUUUCAUCACUUUUUGCUCCAUUUAUUGGUCAUCUUUUGCCGACGACGUAUGCAGUGGUCAGCGCGCGGGUCAGUGCGGCGAACGCUUCCACUCGCAGCGAACGCCGCAACUCCGCAGUGGAGGAGGAAUGGUCUUUCGUCUUCGCAACAGUUCUUCGGCCAACGCGUCUCCUCUCCACCAGAGAGGACACGCAUUCCGCCCGUCAGACCAUCUGUUGGACGGAGAGUCGCUUCUCGAGAGCCGUUCCGACUCGUCGUCGUCUUCGCGGCCGAUGGCUGUCACCAACACUAACCGAUACCGCGAACGCGGACGCAGACGUCACAGACAACAGACGUCGACGACGACAACCUCGACGACGACGACGACGACCACAACGGCGUCGCCCGAAGACUAUUACGAAUACGACGACUAUUACGACGACGAAUACGUCGACGACUACCACUUGACGACAUCGACGACCACUACGACGACAACUCUGGCGCCGAAGCGACGACGCGGCAGAAGACGCUUCCGACGACCGCCGCAGACGACGCCUCCGACCACAACGACCACAACCACGACUCUGUCGCCGAACUACAAGCCGCGCGCCGACGGCCGAGUGAUCGACUACUCGGCGGACCCGAACUUCCCGUACGAGCUGAAGAGCGCGGAUCUCACGGAAUACCCGUUCUUCGUGUCGAUCCCGGAGUCGAAGUUCGACUGCACCGGUCGUCACGACGGCUACUACGCGGACAUCGCGCUGCGCUGCCAAGUGUACCACCACUGCGCCAGUGGUCAUCAGCGCUACGACUUCCUGUGCCCCAACUUCACGCUCUUCGACCAGACGACCUUCACGUGUCGUUUCGUCAAUACAGUCGACUGCUUGUCGUCCGAAACGCAUUACAAGCGCAACGACGAGCUGUACGUCGAGUCGACGACCGCUGCGCCGCCUGUCGGACAAAACUUGACUCAAUUCUCACGAAAUUAAUCUCUUUAUUAGACUUAAUGUAAAUAAUAAUAGAAUUAAAUCAAA